UUGCAGCAGCUGGAGGCCCCCUGGUUGGAAAACGCCGUCUUAGACGCUCCUUAUUACGGCUAAUUACAUUGCACAGCGCCGUGUCGUUACAGUGUGUCGUACAUCCUGAGGGCUCGUGUGGCUGCAAUAACAGAUUUUUUGCUCUUGUCGCCUCUUGAACUCGGGGAGGUGGAAGUGCACAAUGGCGGGCGUCAGGCAGCGGCGGGUUAACAGUGCAGGGGGAGGCGCUCCCAGGCCUCUGUCAUCACUGGAGGCAGCGGAGGAUGAAGGGGGCCCUUUGUUGGCAGCUCUAACGUAAGCAGCAGCUCUGCCUAAUGGACUGAGGGGAAGCAACUCCAGCCGCUCCGCAGGAACUUCUCCCCAUAAGUGCCCAACUUCUUACCCCCUCUGCCCGCCGGGAUAAGAGAAGGCGCCCAGUAUGGGGGCGAUGGAGCCUUAGUGCCCCGGCUGCAGCCCUCCCACACCCCCCUCUUUUUUUCCAGGGAAUUGCAGCCUCUCCUUUUCUGGCUUUAGGACUUCUACUUGGAUCCAUGAAGUUCGGAGAUUCCUCAGAGUUUACGAGUUGUUCUGCAUUCGGAACGCGGGGCAAAGACGCACCGAGUGACGGGGACCCCGAUCGGAUCUGAAGCCCCCGGGGGCGGCCUGUCCCGCGCCGCACGGCUACUUCUUCGCAUGUUGGAAGGAAGGGAAAACCGUCGUCGUCGAAGAUCCGGAGCCCCCUAAAAAUGCUGGAGAUCUGCCUGAAGCUGGUGGGAUGCAAAUCGAAGAAGGGACUCUCAUCAUCCUCCAGCUGCUAUCUGGAAGAAGCCUUACAACGACCAAUUGUUACCGACUUUGAGCCUCAAGGUCUGAGUGAAGCCGCUCGCUGGAAUUCUAAGGAGAACCUCCUGUGCGGACCCAGCGAGAAUGACCCCAACUUGUUUGUUGCACUGUACGAUUUUGUGGCCAGUGGGGAUAACACACUGAGCAUCACUAAAGGUGAGAAGCUCCGAGUUCUUGGAUACAACCACAAUGGAGAGUGGUGCGAGGCUCAGACUAAGAACGGGCAGGGCUGGGUGCCCAGUAACUACAUCACCCCAGUGAACAGUCCGGAGAAGCAUUCCUGGUACCACGGCCCGGUGUCUCGCAACGCGGCUGAAUAUCUCCUUAGCAGCGGGAUCAAUGGCAGCUUCCUGGUUCGGGAGAGCGAGAGCAGCCCUGGGCAGAGGUCCAUUUCCUUAAGAUACGAGGGCAGGGUGUACCACUACCGUAUCAACACAGCUUCUGAUGGCAAGCUCUAUGUGUCCUCAGACAGCCGCUUCAAUACGCUGGCUGAGCUCGUGCACCACCACUCAACAGUGUCCGAUGGACUGAUCACCACCUUACACUACCCAGCUCCAAAGCGCAACAAGCCCACCAUCUACGGGGUGUCCCCCAACUAUGACAAGUGGGAGAUCGAGAGGACGGACAUCACCAUGAAGCACAAACUGGGCGGAGGCCAAUAUGGAGAAGUCUACGAGGGCGUCUGGAAGAAGUACAACUUGACGGUGGCAGUGAAGACGCUGAAGGAAGACACAAUGGAGGUGGAGGAGUUCUUAAAAGAAGCUUCUGUGAUGAAGGAGGUGAAACAUCCCAAUCUGGUACAACUGCUGGGGGUCUGCACACGGGAGCCCCCGUUCUACAUUAUCACUGAGUUCAUGACUUACGGGAACCUGUUGGAUUACCUGCGCGAGUGUAACAGGGAGGAGGUGACGGCCGUGGUGCUUCUCCACAUGGCGACUCAGAUCUCCUCAGCCAUGGAGUACCUGGAGAAGAAGAACUUCAUUCACAGGGAUCUCGCUGCAAGAAACUGCCUCGUCGGAGAAAACCACUUGGUGAAAGUCGCCGAUUUCGGGCUCAGCCGCCUGAUGACAGGUGACACGUACACUGCCCAUGCCGGGGCCAAAUUCCCAAUCAAGUGGACCGCCCCCGAAAGCCUGGCGUAUAACAAGUUCUCCAUCAAAUCGGAUGUUUGGGCUUUUGGCGUCCUACUUUGGGAGAUCGCCACCUACGGGAUGUCCCCGUACCCCGGCAUCGACCUGUCGCAGGUGUACGAGCUGCUAGAGAAGGAUUAUCGCAUGGAGCGUCCUGAGGGCUGCCCGGAGAAGGUGUACGAACUUAUGAGAGCCUGCUGGCAGUGGAAUCCUCUUGACCGACCGUCCUUUGCCGAGAUCCAUCAAGCCUUUGAGACGAUGUUCCAGGAGUCGAGUAUAUCGGACGAGGUGGAGAAAGAACUUGGUAAGAAAGGCUUGAAGGUGAACGUCAGCUGCCUCCUGCAGGCCCCCGAGCUCCCGACCAAGACCAGGACCACCAGACGGGUGACCGAGAACAAGGACGAUAACACUGAUACCUCACACAGCAGGGGCACCGCCGAUCAAGAUGUUCUUGAUCUGGAGCCGGCCGCGGUGUCUCCUCUCCUUCCUCGCAAGGAAAGGGUCUCAGCAGCUGAUGGCGGACCGGAGGAUGAACGUUUGUUACCCAAUAGUAAAAAAUCCAAUCUCUUCAGCACGUUGAUCAAGAGGAAGAAGAAAACUGCCCCGACCCCCCCAAAACGCAGCAGCUCCUUUCGUGAAAUGGAACCAAGGUCCAUGGAGGGAGAAGGCAAAGAUGCCAGUAAUGGUGGCGACAUAGAUUCCAUGAAAUUCCCAAGCAAUGGGGCCACCAUGACCAAUGGCUUCAUGCAGGGGGGGGCUCUCUUUCUAACCCCACACUGGAAAAAGUCCAUUGUAGGACGGCAGCCACCGCCAGGGGAGGAGGACGGGAGCACCAGCACCACCAGCAAACGUUUCCAGCGGUCGUCGUCUGCCUCCUGCAUGCCGCACGGGUCCAAAGAUAUGGAGUGGAGGUCAGUCACUCUGCCCAGGGAAAUGCCCUCCACCAGGCACAUGUUGGACAUGUCUAGCUCUGGAGGCGUCCAAAAAAACGAAAGACCAGCUCUGCCUCGUAAAAAAGGGAACGAGGUCAAACCGGACUUGUCUUGUUCUAGGGGGGCCGUCACGCCACCUCCACGCCUACCCAAAAAAACAGAGGAGCCUGCGGACGAGGUGUUUAAAGAUACCGAUCAGAGUCCAGGCUCCAGUCCUCCCAGCAUGACACCAAAAUUACCACGUAGGAAACCUGGCGCCCCUACGUCCUCCUCACCCUUACAGAAAGAGGAGAGCGGGAACAUAAGAACUGCUGCAGAGUCUGUUCCCUCCACCAAGCAAAGCCCAGGUGUCGGGAAAACCGAAACAGAUCUCCGUCUCCGGAGACUCAAAGCGACAGAAUCGGCCGCCAAGGACAAAUUGAAGGCAUUGAAGGUCAAACCGAGCCCACCUCUACCACUGUCCGCACAGACCUCUUUGUCUUCCACCAGCACUGCGGGGAAACCUACAAAACUUUCCACCCAAAGCCUUAGCCACGACACCAGCACAAAUGAGCCAAAGCACAAGGCCGCAACCCAGAGCGAAGACCACUCAAGAGCGAGCCCAUCUGUGACGGAGAGCGCCAAGAAGUCCACGCCGCUGUCCACCGCCAAACCCCUGUCCACAGAGAAGCGGGCCGGAGCUCAGACGGGUAGUGAUCAACCUCAGCCACCCACCUCCUCCUCCUCCACAGCGUUCAUUCCUCUCAUCUCCACCAGAGUUUCCUUGCGCAAAACCCGCCACCCUCCUGAGAAGCUGCUGAGCGGAGCGGUCACCAAGGAGACAUUGCUGGAAAGCACCGAAUGCCUACGAGCCGCCAUCAGCCGAAACUCUGAACAAAUGGCCAGCCAUAGCACCGUGCUGGAGGCCGCCAAGAACCUCCACGCCUUCUGCACCUGUUAUGUGGACUCCAUACAACAGAUGAGGAAUAAGUUUGCCUUCAGAGAAGCCAUGAGCAAGUUGGAGAACAGCCUUCGGGAUCUUCAGAUAUGCCCCGCCGCCGUUUCCACGGGCGGAGGACCCGCCACAACUCAGGACUUUAGCAAGCUGCUCUCAUCGGUCAAAGAAUUAAGCGAUGUGGUUCAGAGGUAGCAUCUCAGACUCAGGGUUAUAGAGUGGAGGACAUCAGGGGCGCUUCGGACCCCUCAUGGUUUAGCACCCCCCGUGGUCUUGAUACUCAAGCUAUGCAUUGGUGGCCUACAGGGCCCGCACCAUGCCACCUGGCCCCCAGAGGUGGUUGCACAUUCACCCUCCCGCCUUUUCCCCUUUUCUCACCCUUUACGUAGAGACUUCGGUUCUACACGACACGGACCUCAAAGGUCUACAGGUUCCUUUCACCCCCUAAACUGGCAGAAUGAACACUUUACGGCGGCGCUCUGCCCUUGUCUAACACUGCUACAUCCCACUGCUGCAACAACACCAGGUAUCGAGGAGCGAGAAUGACCCCCCCCCCCCCCCAGAGCCAAGGAGCCAAAACAUUCCGAAAUACAGACCCUUAGCACAUAAGCGGCUACGUUGUAGCAUUCCGUUAACGUCUCCCUGCCCCCGAGUAUGACCAGACCGCUGCUCCUGGCUUUGAGGGGGAGGUCAUAACACAAUGGCGUACAAUAGCGGCGGACGAGCCGUCUGUAGGGGGCGCCGAGCCUUCAAGAAAGGCAAAAGACUUCACAGUUUUAAGUGCAAUUUUUCCCUUUUUUCACCUUUUUGUAUUAUUCUUUUAAAACCAAAAACAGAUGGACUGCAUGAAGGCGGUGGCGAGGCUUUACCUCCUACCACGCCACCCUAUGUUCACCUUAGGCACAUACCUAUAAGAGGUCAGUGAUGAUCAGGUAGGGGGAGGGGAGCCCAGAGUACGUGCAAUGGAAGCCCCCUGCGCCUGACAUGUGCCCCCACAAGAGACUGAACCAGCAGUGCCUCCCGUAACACUAUCAUGUAUUAUACGGUCCUCCUCACGCCAGCUGCGCGUCUCACCCUCCUCCCCUUUUUUUUUUAGACGUUUACAGUCCUUUCGAUAUUUCUGUAUAAAUUUUACAGUUCUGUCUUUUUUGUUUUUAUGUUUUCGUUUUUCUCCUUUAAAAGGAUUUACGAUAUAUAUAUAUAUAUAUAUAUAUAUAUAAUAUAAAUGUACAAAUUUAAUGUGCACACGUAGAUGCCUUCCUUGUUAAAAGGUUCCCCUCUGGCGCUGAAACGGUUAAGGUGGUGCCUGUAAUAAUGGCGGCUGAGCUUUGGUAGCGGCACUGUGUGGAGGGACAUUGAGCCACCGCCGUGACGCCUCCGAGGACAGACGCCAUUUAUUCUUAAUUUUAAUCGCCUUUUCAGCGUCAGGGGUCGUGUUGCCCCCGCGCUGGUCACUCACUAGACCAGUGUUUCCCAACCAGGGUGCCUCCAGC